GCCCCGGCACGCCCUGCCGAGCUCAGGAGCACGCCGCGCGCCACUGUUCCCUCAGCCGAGGACGCCGCCGGGGGACCGGGAGCCGAGGUGUGGGCCAUCCCCGAGCGCACCCAGCUUCUGCCGAUCAGGAGUUGGAACGCAGCACCUUCCCUUCCUCCCAGCCCUGCCUCCUUCUGCAGAGCAGAGCUCACUAGAACUUGUUUCACCUUUUACUCUGGGGGGAGAGAAGCAGAGGAUGAGGAGAAAAUAAUGAAUGUCAAAGGAAGAGUGGUUCUGUCAAUGCUGAUUGUCUCAACUGUAAUUGUUGUGUUUUGGGAAUACAUCAACAGCCCAGAAGGUUCUUUGUUCUGGAUAUACCAGUCAAAAAACCCAGAAGUUGGCAGCAGUGCUCAGAGGGGCUGGUGGUUUCCGAGCUGGUUUAACAAUGGGACUCACAGUUACCACGAAGAAGAAGAAGACGACGCUAUAGGCAACGAAAAGGAACAAAGAAAAGAAGACAACAGAGGAGAGCUUCCGCUAGUGGACUGGUUUAAUCCUGAGAAACGCCCAGAGGUCGUGACCAUAACCAGAUGGAAGGCUCCAGUGGUAUGGGAAGGCACUUACAACAGAGCCGUCUUAGAUAAUUAUUAUGCCAAACAGAAAAUUACCGUGGGCUUGACAGUUUUUGCUGUCGGAAGAUACAUUGAGCAUUACUUGGAGGAGUUCUUAAUAUCUGCAAAUACAUACUUCAUGGUUGGCCACAAAGUCAUCUUUUACAUCAUGGUGGAUGAUAUCUCCAGGAUGCCUUUGAUAGAGCUGGGUCCUCUGCGUUCCUUUAAAGUGUUUGAGAUCAAGUCCGAGAAGAGGUGGCAAGACAUCAGCAUGAUGCGCAUGAAGACCAUCGGGGAGCACAUCCUGGCCCACAUCCAGCACGAGGUGGACUUCCUCUUCUGCAUGGACGUGGAUCAGGUCUUCCAAAACAACUUUGGGGUGGAGACCCUGGGCCAGUCGGUGGCUCAGCUGCAGGCCUGGUGGUACAAGGCACAUCCUGACGAGUUCACCUACGAGAGGCGGAAGGAGUCCGCAGCCUACAUUCCGUUUGGCCAGGGGGAUUUUUAUUACCACGCAGCCAUUUUUGGGGGAACACCCACUCAGGUCCUAAACAUCACUCAGGAGUGCUUCAAGGGAAUCCUCCAGGACAAGGAAAAUGACAUAGAAGCCGAGUGGCAUGAUGAAAGCCAUCUAAACAAGUAUUUCCUUCUCAACAAACCCACUAAAAUCUUAUCCCCAGAAUACUGCUGGGAUUAUCAUAUAGGCAUGUCUGUGGAUAUUAGGACUGUCAAGAUAGCUUGGCAGAAAAAAGAGUAUAAUUUGGUUAGAAAUAACAUCUGACUUUAAAUUGUGCCAGCAGUUUUCUGAAUUUGAAAGAGUAUUACUCUGGCUACUUCCUCAGAGAAGUAGCACUUAAUUUUAACUUUAAAAAAAAAUACUAACAAAAUACCAACACAGUAAGUACAUAUUAUUCUUCCUUGCAACUUUGAGCCUUGUCAAAUGGGAGAAUGACUCUGUGGUAAUCAGAUGUAAAUUCCCAAUGAUUUCUUAUCUGUUCUGGGUUGAGGGGUAUAUACUAUUAACUGAACCAAAAAAAAAAAAAUUGUCAUAGGCAAAGAAAAAGUCAAAAACACUCUACAUGUCAUACUGGAGAAAAGUAUGCAAAGGGAAGUGUUUGGCAACAAAAUAAGAUUGGGAGGGGUCGUCUUCUUGAUUUCAGCGUCUUCCUGUCUCUGCUAAGUCUAAAGCAACAGAGUUGCUUUGCAGCAGGAGAUCAGAGUCUACCUUAGCAAUCCUCAGAUGAUUUCAACAGCAGAGGACUUCAGGUUAUUUGAAGUCCAUGUCCUUUUCACAUCAGGGUUUUGUUUGGCUUCUGCGCAGAUACUGGUCAGGAUUCCCAAUGGUGAAUGUUGGGAGUUACAGGGAAUCCGAAUGAACCAAUGGGAGCUCAGCACGAAAUAAAAGCACAGCUUCUAAGUAA